GAGCCCUUUUUCUCCCAGGCUCUCUGGGCGACAUCUCCAAGACCUUCUCUGACUUCACCGAGCCCGGGGAGGUCAACAGCUACCUGAACCUCAACGUGACCUCCGCCCUCUGCCUCACCGCCUCCAUCCUGAAGGCCUUUCCUGCCCAGCCGGGCUUCAGCCGCUUGGUGGUCAACAUCUCCUCCCUCUGCGCCCUGAAGCCCUUCAAGAGCUGGACCCUCUACUGCGUGGGGAAGGCGGCCCGUGACAUGAUGUUCCAGGUCUUGGCGGCCGAAGAGCCGGAUGUGCGGGUGCUGAACUACGCCCCAGGCCCCCUGGACACCUCCAUGCAGGAGGAAGCCCGCACCCUUUCGGCAGACCCGGAGUUGCGGCAGACCUUCCUUCGCCUGCAGGAAUCCGGGCAGCUGAUCGAAUGCGACGUCUCCGCCGAGAGGCUGCUGGGCCUUCUGGCUGCAGACACGUUUGAAUCCGGAGCCCACGUCGACUUCUACGACACCUAAACAGCUCUCCGGGGCCCUGCGUCCGGCAGACGGUCCUUCCU